UUAGGCUUUGGGGAUAAAACGAGGUGCGGAGAGCGGGCUGGGGCAUUUCUCCCCGAGAUGGCGGGUCUGACGGCGGCUGCCCCGCGGCCCGGAGUCCUCCUGCUCCUGCUGUCCAUCCUCCACCCCUCUCGGCCUGGAGGGGUCCCUGGGGUCAUUCCUGGUGGAGUUCCUGGAGGAGUCUUUUAUCCAGCGCUGGGGCCUGGAGGCAAACCUCUUAAGCCAGGUCCCGGAGGGCUUGCGGGCGCUGGCCUUGGGGCAGGGCUUGGCACCUUCCCUGCAGGUACCUUUCCGGGGGCUCUGGUGCCUGGCGGAGUGGCUGACGCUGCUGCAGCCUAUAAAGCUGCUAAGGCUGGUGCUGGGCUUGGUGGUGUCCCAGGAGUUGGUGUUGGUGGCUUAGGAGUGUCUGCAGGUGCGGUGGUUCCUCAGCCUGGAGCCGGAGUGAAGCCCGGGAAAGUGCCGGGUGUGGGGCUGCCAGGUGUAUACCCAGGUGGCGUGCUCCCAGGCGCAGGAGCUCGGUUCCCCGGUGUGGGGGUGCUCCCUGGAGUUCCCACUGGAGCAGGAGUUAAGCCCAAGGCUCCAGGUGUAGGGGGAGCUUUUGCUGGAAUCCCAGGAGUUGGACCCUUUGGGGGACCGCAACCUGGAGUCCCACUGGGGUAUCCCAUCAAGGCCCCCAAGCUGCCCGGUGGCUAUGGACUGCCCUACACCACAGGGAAACUGCCCUAUGGCUAUGGGCCCGGAGGAGUGGCUGGUGCAGCGGGCAAGGCUGGUUACCCAACAGGGACAGGGGUUGGCCCCCAGGCAGCAGCAGCAGCGGCAGCUAAAGCGGCAGCAAAGUUCGGUGCUGGAGGAGCCGGAGUCCUCCCUGGUGUUGGAGGGGCCGGUGUUCCUGGUGUGCCUGGGGCAAUUCCUGGAAUCGGAGGCAUCGCAGGCGUUGGGACUCCAGCUGCAGCUGCAGCAGCAGCUGCAGCAGCCGCCGCUAAGGCAGCCAAGUAUGGAGCUGCUGCAGGCUUAGUGCCUGGUGUCCCAGGAGCUGGCGUUCCAGGUGUUGGUGUCCCAGGAGCUGGCAUUCCAGUUGUCCCAGGUGCUGGGAUCCCUGGUGUUGGGAUCCCAGGUGCUGGGAUCCCAGGUGUUGGGGUUCCAGGUGUUGUGUCACCAGAAGCAGCUGCUAAGGCAGCUGCAAAGGCAGCCAAAUACGGGGCCAGGGCCGGAGUUGGAGGCAUUCCUACUUACGGGGUUGGAGCUGGGGCCUUUCCCGGCUUUGGUGUCGGAGUCGGAGGUAUCCCCGGAGUCGCAGGUGUCCCUAGUGUCGGAGGUGUUCCGGGAGUCGGAGCUGUCCCAGGAGCUGGCAUUUCCCCCGAAGCUCAGGCAGCAGCUGCCGCCAAGGCUGCCAAGUACGGUGCUGCAGGAGCAGGAGUGCUGGGUGGGCUGGUGCCAGGUGCCCCAGGUGUAGUCCCAGGUGUGCCGGGCAUAGGAGGAGUGCCAGGAGUGGGGGCCCCAGCAGCUGCAGCUGCUAAAGCAGCCGCCAAAGCCGCCCAGUUUGGGUUAGUUCCCGGUGUUGGCGUGGCUCCUGGUGUCGGCGUGGCUCCUGGUGUCGGCGUGGCUCCUGGUGUCGGCGUGGCUCCUGGAGUUGGUGUGGCUCCUGGAGUUGGUGUGGCUCCUGGAGUUGGUGUGGCUCCUGGCGUUGGCAUUGGCCCUGCUGCAGCAAAAUCUGCUGCCAAGGCGGCUGCCAAAGCCCAGCUCCGAGCUGCAGCUGGGCUUGGUGCUGGCAUCCCUGGACUUGGAGUUGGCGUUGGCGUCCCUGGACUUGGAGUUGGUGCUGGUGUUCCUGGCUUCGGGGCAGUACCUGGAGCCCUGGCUGCCGCUAAAGCAGCCAAAUAUGGAGCAGUAGGGCCUGGGGUCCUUGGAGGGGUCGGGGCCCUCGGUGGAGUAGGCAUCCCAGGCGGUGUGGUGGGAGCCGUACCCGCUCUCCCUGCUGCCGCAGCCAAAGCUGCUGCGAAAGCCGCCCAGUUUGGCCUAGGGGGAGCCGCUGGGCUCGGAGGACUCGGAGUCGGAGGGCUUGGAGUCCCAGGUGUUGGGGUCCUUGGAGGUAUAUCUCCAGCUGCAGCCGCUAAAGCAGCUAAAUACGGUGCUGCUGGCCUUGGAGGUGUCCUAGGGGUUGCCGGGCAGUUCCCACUUGGAGGAGUGGCAGCAAGACCUGGCUUCGGAUUGUCUCCCAUUUUCCCAGGUGGGGCCUGCCUGGGAAAAGCUUGUGGCCGGAAGAGAAAAUGAGCUUCCUAGGACCCCUGACUCACGACCUCAUCAACGUUGGUGCUACUGCUUGGUGGAGAAUGUAAACCCUUUGUAACCCCAUCCCAUGCCCCUCCGACUCCCCACCCCAGGAGGGAACAGGCAGGCCGGGCGGCCUUGCAGAUCCACAGGGCAAGGAAACAAGAGGGGAGCGGCCAAGUGCCCCGACCAGGAGGCCCCCUACUUCAGAGGCAAGGGCUGUGUGGUCCUGGCCCCCCACCCUAUCCCUUCCCACCUAGGAGCUCCCCCUCCACACAGCCUCCAUCUCCAGGGGAACUUGGUGCUACACGCUGGUGCUCUUAUCUUCCUGGGGGGAGGGAGGAGGGAAGGGUGGCCCCUCGGGGAACCCCCUCCCUGGGCUCCUCUAAAGAUGGUGCAGACACUUCCUGGGCAGUCCCAGCUCCCCCUGCCCACCAGGACCCACCCUUGGCUGCCAUCCAGUUGGUACCCAAGCACCUGAAGCCUCAAAGCUGGAUUCGCGCAUAGCAUCCCUCUUCUCCUGGGUCCACUUGGCCGUUUCCUCCCCGCCAAUCGCUGUUCCCCACAUCUGGGGCGCCUUUGGUUUGGAAAACCACCCCACACUGGGAAUAGCCACCUUGCUCUUGUAGAAUCCAUCUGCCCAUCCGUCCAUUCGUCCAUCCGUCUGUCCAUCCAUGUCCCCAGUUGACCGCCUGCCACCACUAGCUGGCUGGAUGCACCCACCAUCAACCUGGUUGACCUGUCAUGGCAGCCUGUGCCCUGCCUUCACCCCCAUCCUACACUCCCCCAGGGUGUGCGGGGCUGUGCAGACUGGGGUGCCAGGCAUCUCCUCCCCACCCGGGGUGUCCCCACAUGCAGUACUGUAUACCCCCCCAUCCCUCCCUUGGUCCACUGAACUUCAGAGCAGUUCCCGUUCCUGCCCCGCCCAUCUUUUUGUGUCUCGCUGUGAUAGAUCAAUAAAUAUUUUAUUUUUUGUCCUGGA